CAGGCGUGCAGGGAAACAGACAUUAUCCUAUUAACCAUUAGCAACUAGGUCCUCCUCCCACAUCCAUUUAGUCACUGAGUAAACAGCACGGAGCACAGUACUAGAUGCAGAAAGCCAGGAGGACAAUGCGCUUUUCAGACCCUACAUGCUUCACUGGACAUUAACGGGACACUCUCAGGGUCAGAGGGACUGACACGUUUCACUUGCAUUGAUUUUUAUCUCACACUGGUCUGUGUGAUACCUUAUAUGCAGGGGCUUUAUUUUCCCCCAACAGCUUCGCUACUUGGUCGAAUUUUGCUUUUUGAAUUAACGCCAGUGGGCCGGCACCGAGGAACAACCCAGCGAUAACCAAAGCUUGCAAAGGCUGCCACGCCAGAAGCGACCCUGCAAUAACAAACCAGCGUGUGAAGUCUCACACUGUGCAACAACCCUGCCAUAACAAGCUGUGUGUGCAGCCGCGCCCGCCGGAGCCACCUUACACACGUGUCCGUGGCAGGACAAUGAUUGCAGAUUGUUUGUUGCUUGUUGAAAAAAACAAAAUGAGGAAUGAGAGCAGAGGCCGAGCUCCUGAGGAGGUGGAUGGAGCUGAGUGAGGAGAUGACCCUGGAAGGAGAGUCGAUGGGGAACAGCUCUGAAUCUGGCAUUCAGCUCAUGGAGAAUAACUCACUGUCUGGCCCUGUGCACCGGGGCUGGAGAGAGCUUCACCUGGCAGCUUGGGACGGCAACACCCACGUGAUGAAGCAGCUACUGCGGCAGGGGGCAGUGAUAGAGAGCAGGGACGAGAAUGGAUGGACGCCCUUACACAGCGCCACGCUGAAGGGGUCCAUCAUGCUGGUGAAGUUCCUGGUGCAGCGUGGAGCCGUGGUCCAUGCCACAGACAGAGCACACUACACCCCGCUGCACCAUGCCUCUUGGAGCGGCCAUACCCAAGUGGCUGAGUUUCUCCUGGCUCGGGGAUCCCCAGCAUCAGCCGUGACUAAAGGGGGCCUCACCCCACUUCACUGUGCAGCAGCCAGCGGCCACACCCUCAUCGUGCAGUUGCUCCUACAGCAAGGCACAGAUCCUGCCAGCGGGGACAACAACCGGUGGACAGCACUGCACUGGGCGACUGUGAACAGCCAGCUGCAUAUCAUGGACUUGCUGCUUUGCCAGGGUCUCUCCCCGGAUCUGGGCAGUAACGGAGGCAUCACAGCACUGCACAUCGCGGCAGAGACGGGAAGAAGUGACGCUCUAAGAUUCUUGCUAGCCAAGAGUGCCAACAUCAAUGCUCAAGAUGGGCUGGGGAGAACAGCACUUGCCAUUGCAUCCGAUAAUGGCAAUCGAGAGAUUACAGGACUGUUGCUGGAAAGCAAAGCUGACGUGAACAUGAAGGACCGCUACGGCUGCACGGCACUCCACAAGGCAGCAGCUGCGGGACACUUGGCCCUCGUCCACCUGCUGGUUGAGAAAGGAGCUGUCACCAACAUUAGAGACUGUCUGAAUCUGACUCCGCUUCACAGAGCUGCCUGUUGUGGGCACAGCGAGGUAGCCAGUUACCUUCUGGACCAUGGAGCUGAGAUCAAUGCAGCCGGCUGGCUAAACAAAACCCCACUACACCUGGCUGUGGAAAAAAAUCACUUCCUUUUAAUGGAGCUGCUGCUGGGGAAGGGGGCAAGUCUGUCCCUCAGAACUCGCUGGCAUGAAACGGUACAGGAUCUAGCGUCAGGCAGGCUCCUUCCUGGGGGCACUCCGUCCACUUCCCAGGAGAAGAUGACAAGCUGCAAUCCCGACCUGAACUAGAUCCCAACUCAAGAACAGUCAACUGGACCUGAGAGGCAUGAGAACAACUUUGUCCUUCCGUUUACUCUGCUGCCACCUUGUGAAGAAGGAUCAGACUUCUCAUCAUUCCAGUAUUAACCGAUAAAGGGCCUGAUUCCCAUUUACAUUGUUCUUGCAGAGUAACGGAACCUUAAAGGGGGUAUAAAUACCCAUUGUAUACCCAUUGUAAGGCCCCUUUAUACCGCAAGAGUGGUGUCAUAGGGCCUUAGUAUAAAUAAGAAUAGGGCUCUCACUAUUUAAAAGGUUCUGUCUUUAGCGGUGUGCUGCUGUAAUACGUAUUUACUAGGGAUGUGAUUAAACCAUCUUUGGGGAUUCAUUAGAUACCAGAAAAUGUAACCAAUGGAUACUAGGUGAAUCCUAAAGCCUCAGGGAGGUGGGGUGGGAGGUGCCCAAAGCGGAAGAUGGGGCCCUGGAAAGGGUGGUCGGAGCAAUGAAGCAGCAGAGGACAAGGUAAAGGAGAUUGGCAGAAGAUAGGCCAGGCGGCGAGAAGAAGCAAGACCACACUUAAAAUGGCCGCCGUCAUCACGUGGUGGUAGCCAUUUGAAGUGCCUGAAAUUCACUUACGAUUUAGCUUGGGACAGGGCUGCCCGAGGGGUGGUCAAGUGGGGCAAUUUGCCCCAGGCCCCGCAGACAGGGUGGGGGCAAUUUCGGCGGCGGGUCUUUCAGUCCCUCUCUUCCUCGUCAGUGGCACUUCGGCGGCAGCUCAGUCGCUCUGUUUCAGUCUUCUGCGGCAAUUCGCUGGCGGGUCCUCCUGUCCUCUUCUUUCUUUGGCAGCAUGACUUGGGUUUUUCUUUUUUUUUUCUUCGCCACUUGGGGUGGCAAAACUAACUUUUUUUUUAUGGAAGGGGCCCCCGAAAUUGCUUUGCCCCAGGCCCCCUGAAUCCUCUGGGCGGCACUGGCUUGGGAUGUAGAAGAAGGGCAAAAUGGCCAGAUCUGUGCUAUUUACAAUCAUCCUAUCUCUAGAAUACACCUGUGAACAUUAGAAUAAUCCAAUGCUGAUGUCUUCUUAUAUUCCGCCAGUGGACAUUUAAUAAACCUGUAUGCUGAUAAA